UUAUUAUUUAUCAUAUAGUGGUAGUGGAAAAAAACGGUAAGCACUAAGCAAUCCAAAGUUCAAGGAUCUAGUUUUAAUUUUUAAGUGUUUUAACACAAUAAUAUCAAAUAUGCGCCGUUUGUUUCUUUUUAAUAUUUAGAUCUGUAUCCGUGAAUCUUCAUUUUUUUGUGUACAAACAAAUAAAAAUGUAUAUAAUAUUUUUGAAACAGUCCUAUGUUUAGUCACAAGCUCUACGUAUCAGUAUCCCAUCUCAUUAAAAUCUUUUUUAAUUACAAUAAUAAUAUUAUUAUUUGUAUUGAUUCGCUAACAACAAACUGGUUAAAAUCCUACUAGACUAUUUGCAAAUCAGCUAGGUUACAGAAUUUUUAAUAAUUGAUUUAAGUUUACACAAUGGUGUUUGAUAACUUAUAUCUCAAUAAGGACCAUCUUGAUGGGUUUGACAAUUACAAAUAUAAUGCAAUUGAUACCAAUCCAUUGGGUACAUACAUUAUGCAUCCAUUUUGGAAUGCAUUAAUUAAAGUUACUCCACGAUGGAUUGCACCUAACUUACUAACUUUUGUUGGUUUUCUUUUUACUGUUGGAGCUUCACUUCUGCUUGCUUAUUAUGACUAUGGUUUUUAUGUGUCUGGAAUAAAUUACAAAGGGGAUCCGAUACCAAGAUGGGUGUUUGGUGUUGUGUCUUUAUUUAUUUUCAUAUCAUAUUCACUUGAUGGGCUUGAUGGUAAACAGGCAAGGCGUACUGGCACAAGUGGCCCACUAGGUGAACUGUUUGAUCACGGUCUGGAUUCUUGGACAACUAUUUUUAUCCCAACUGCACUUUAUUCAAUAUUUGGGCGUGAUGAUCCAAAUACUAUUCAACCAAUAAGGAUGUAUUAUAUCUGUAUAAUGGUUUUCAUUAACUUUUAUCUGGCUCAUUGGGAAAAGUAUAAUACUGGAGUAUUAUAUUUGCCGUGGAGUUAUGACUUUUCAAUGGUUGGAUUAGUAUUCUUCUUUGGUCUUACUGCUAUUUUUGGUCCCGAAAAAUGGAAAAUGUCUUUGACAGAUAAUUAUUCCUUUGGACAUGUCACAGAAAUAACAUUUUACUUUACCACAUUCGUUACAAACAUUCCAGUUUCAAUUUAUAAUAUUUACAUAAGUAACAGGGACAAAACAGGCAAAAAUUUAAGUAUUCUAGAAGGUAGUCGACCAUUAGUUCCUUUAACUGUCUUUGUGUCUUUAUGCUUAAUAUGGGUAAAAAUGUCGCCUACAAAUAUUCUUGAAAGGGAUCCGAGAAUAUUUUUCAUGAUGAGUGGAGCAAUAUUUUCAAACAUUUGUUGUCGUUUAAUUGUGGCUCAAAUGAGCAAGACCCGCUGUGAAGCACAUAACAAUUUGUUGUCAUUUAUGGUUGUAGCUAUAUUUUUUAGUGUGUUUUUACCUCCCAUUGAGUUAAUUUGUAUGUACAUAAUGGCAUUAAUAAGCAUUGUGACACACAUAUACUAUGGAGGCUGUGUAGUGAAACAAAUGGCUGAUCAUUUUAAAAUCAUGUGUUUCAAAAUACCAUACAAGAAACAUUAAAUAUAAUAUAUUAUUAAAAUAAUACUUAUUUUAUUUUAUAUUAUUUUUAUCAAUUACUUAAAUCAACAUUAGCAUUCGUGAAAUACUGAAAUAGUUGUUACUAAAAUAUGUUAUUUGUUUUUAAAAUCUCAUUACAGAUUAGCCAUACAGAUGAUGUACUAUACUACUAUUAUUAUUUAUAUUUUUUGAAUUGCUUAUACAUAUUUUGUAUAGAAGUUAUUAUUAUUAUUAACCCACGUUAAAAAUUGGUAUGGUACAUUUAAUCUCACUAAUUGUGCUAAUUAGAUUACUUUUUAUUUCUUAUUCAUUGAAAAAAAUAUUAUUUCCAUUAAACUAAGGUUUAAAUAAAACUUUAAAGAGUAUAAACUAAUUUACCUUUAAAUGCAAUUAAUUCGGGAGUAAUGAACAAUUAGUGCUGCUCAAUUAGAUAUUGGCAGCUAUUUAAUUAUUUAUUGUUAUAUUAUUUUACUACAAACGUUUAAUAUUAAAUAUCCUUAAUUGGUACUUAUUUUUUUAAAAUGGUUUGUAUUAUAUAAUUAGGUAUAGUAUAUAAUAAUAAUUAAAAAUAAAUUUAAGAUUACUAUCCAUGAAAUGUCCAUAAUAUAGUUAUUAUAAUAUAACUAUACCUGUUAGAACAAUUUGUUAUUUUGUAAUUAAUUGAAUUAUUUGACUUUAUUAUACAAUAGAUAUUAGACAAUAAGUUAAUGAAUAUCAUGAAUGACUUGAUAGUCUGAAUUUGUAUUUACAUUGUUUUUUUUUUUUUUUUUGAACUUGUGUGUGAUAAAAAAAUCAAUUAUAUAGUAAUGUAUGGUUACAUAUAUUAUUAUAACAUUUAUAUAUUAUAUACAUAUAACAUCUGGUUAAAUAAUUUUUUUAUGUAGUACUUGAUACCAGAACUAAAAAUUAUAUAUGAAUUCUGCUGUAUAGUUGGUACCUAUCGAGUAUACCUUGACAUUUAAUAAGGCCACUAUAAUAGUUUAAUGUAUUGUUGAGAACGAUUCUGUGUGAAAACGGAAUAUCAGCUUAUAUCGAAAUUUGAACUUAAAAUGCCUUUUAAAAAAAAACAUACCUAUGUAAUUUUUAAUAUUUUUAAACUGCUAUUAUACAUGUAUUAUUAAUAUUAUCAGUAUUU